UUACAGGAAUGCCGCCUAAAAAGGUAUCUCCCGGGAUUACCGUAAUCCUUAUCGACGCAGGAUCCAAUAUGUCUGUGAAAGACACUGAAACUGGAAAAAGUGCAUUUGAAAAUGCGAUCAAUGCUGCAGAUUGGAUUGUUUCGAGAAAACUAUUUUCCAAAGAUCCCGAGCUCUUCUCAGUGAUGGCCUACAAUUUGGAUCCGAAAGAAUACAAAACAGAAGUUGGCGGUCAAACAUUUAAUGGAGUCCAGUGUCAAAAUGAAAAGUUUACACCAGCCAGCUUUGAUCAUUUAAAGUUUAUCACAAAGGAAUUGCAGCAAAAUACAGAAAUGAUAGAUCCAAAUUUUUUCAAAGGUGUUCUGGGAGCCGUCGCAGUGCUAAAAGAUCAAAUCGAAUCGUAUCCGAAUCCAUCAGGAAUCACGUUGAUUGUACUGACAAAUGGAUUAAACGAGAACAUUCGACAAGAAAAUUUCGAUCUUUUAGUUGAAGCCGUUAGUGAAAGUAAUGCAGAUUUGAUGAUAAUUGGAAUCGAUGAAAAUCCAGAAUAUCCUGCUUCUCGAGUUGCAGAAUUGGCAGAAACAUUAGAAGGAAGAACAUAUACUUUUCAAAACGUCGCAAAGAUGCUCUCCACCUUCCAGGCUCGUCAGAAAUCCGAGAGAAAAUACAAUAAAAUGUGGGAUAUUGCUCCUGGAAUCCAUCUCCCGGUGAUUUUUGCUCUAAAAUCUGAAAAAUCUACAGCACUACUCAAGUUCAAAAAUGCAGAUUCCGAAGGAAAUGAAAUGGUUCGAUUGGAACAAAUGCACGUGGAAACUGACGAAGUUGCUCCGAAAGAUGAAUUCAAAUCGCCGGUUCUGGAAGAGAAACCGAAAUUUCAGAAAAACUUUAAACCCGUUGAAAAUAUAAAAACUAUGCAUGGCUACAAUUUCGGAAAAUCGGUUAUCAUGAUGGACCCAGAAUAUCUUAAAGAAAAAUACAAUGAUCAUAAUUUCAACGAGGGACAGACUGGUGGAGUGCUAAAACUGAUACAGUUCACGAAAAGAGCAAAUAUUCUCGACUCAUAUCUCCUCGAUGCCAGCGCGAAAACAGUACUUCCUGCUCUCAAUUCACCAAAAUCAGGUGCCACCAAAGCUACCGUAUCCCUCAUCGAAGCAAUGCUUUCACUUCGAGUCGCUGCCAUUUGUCGAUACACAUUCCAUGCAAAAUCUCAUGUGCAACUCAUUGCUCUUCUACCACAUCAAGAUGAAGAAACUGGCGUUUUCUAUCUAAGAUCAGUGAAAUUACCAUUUUCCGAUGAUAUGAGAACAUUGAAAUUCCCGAAAUUCUCAUUUGACGAGGAAGAUGAAGAUUUGAAUAAGCCUACUGUAGCUCAACUCUCCGCUGUAGAUGACCUUAUCGAUUGUAUGCAAUUACAAGAAGAUGAAAUCUCUUCACUGGUCGAAGGUGGAAUGAGUGAUCCAAAAUUGCAGAUGCAAUGCCAUUUUCUCAAAAGUUUAGUUCUACAUCCAAACGAUACCUUCGAAAAUCAUUCCAAUCGAACCAAUCAAAUUCUCGAUCAAAUAAUGGCACCGAAACGCAGAGUCGAAGCAGAACAUCCGGAGAUUUUCCAGAAGCUUGGCCGCGAAUUCAAUCUGCAACCAAUUCAGAAAACCAAACGAGAACGGGUUACGGUAGAGCCUGAAGAUCUGCAGACAAUGAUAUCCGAAUGGACGGAGAAAAAACAGAAUAUGACACAACCAGAUGAGGUAGAUGAUGGUGCAAGUCAAAAGAAAAAGAAAAAACCAAAUGCAAAGAAAUUGACGAGAAAAGAAGAAGUUCAAAUGGAUAUCAUGGAAGAUGGCGGAGCUAGUCGUGUUUGCUCGAAAAUUCUUGAAAUGAUUUCAAAUACUUGCAAAUUUCAACCAAAUGGAGCAGUUACUGAGUUCUUUACGCUUCUCGUCAAUGAAUUGAAUGUUAUUCGCUCAGUUUUCGUUGAAAACUCAAAAUGUGACGAGUUCAAUGAACUUCUCAAGAAGUUGAAAGACGAAGAAGACUUUGAACCAUUUGCUGAAGUUCUUUCUGAAGAAAAAUCAUGCAAUCCAAUUGAUUCUUCCGAAGUCAGCAUGUCAGAAGUCUCCGUCGCCAAUGCUGCCGAAUUCUGGGAAGAAGAUUGAGCAUUUUUAUUUUAUUUUAUGGCAAUGUAUCUCAAAUAACUAACUACAAUCAUUUUAAAGCUGUGAAUGAACUGAAAUGAAAAUAAAAUCA